AUGGCGGCUCGUAUCGCUGACCGGAGAGAAUUUCCCCUCGUGCUGUUGCUCGCAAUCAUGCUGCUCCCGUGGACCGCGAAAUUCGGCGCCAAUCACGGAGGCGUUCAGCUAGCUUCAGCGCAGACGGACUGUCCGCUGAUUGGUCAGGGCAUCGACCCGUACACGGCGGGGCUUGUGGCGGAGAAGCCGAAAGUGUUUCUCUCCGUGCAGCUCAAGAAACUCGUCAGCGUCGACGCCGUGAAGUAUAGCUACAUGGCGUAUUUCCAAGUCGUGUCCACGUGGCGAGAUCCUCGAGUGAACGACACGCUGGCGAUAAACAACGCGGUGAGCGCGUUUGGGCCGGCCAUCACGGGGCUGGCGACGGCCAAGUGCAAGCCGAACGUGACGUUUUCGGGGUUCAACAUCAGCGGGAAGGACGAGUGCCUCAAGACGCCCAAGCAGAACAACCUGCCGCAGAUGGACGGCUGCAGCAAGCCGUGCACUCCGUCCGGCACCACGUGCUGCGACGCCCUCUGGAUCCCCUCGCUCACCAUCGACAACGUCCUCUUCUACCCCCAGGACCGCUUCCAAACCGAGAGCAUCUAUUUCUUCGGGCAGUACAGCAACGAGGCCAGCUCGAUUGACAGAGAAGUAACCGUUGGAGGCGAGUUCUCUUCACCCCUCAGCUUCAAGAAGUUUCCUCUUGACUCUCAGACGCUGCGGCUGAGCGUUCAGGUGGAGAGCGGGGAGUUCUAUCUGGUGGGCAGCAACUCGGGGCGGCAGUCGGAGCAGGGGGGCGGGCAGCUGGGGGGAGGGGGAGGCACGUACGUGAAUGAUGAGGUCACGGGCUGGAAGAUCAAUGAUGUGGCGCUCAACUGCACUCCCUCUGCCACCACCGUCUCCACCUCCGCCACCUACGCUCCUGAGGACCCCUGGUACACGUUCAAUCAGAACUCCCCAUCGGACAGUGGCAGCAGCAGCAACGUGAACGAGUCCACGUCGUGUGUCUUCACCAUCCAGAUCUCCCGCACCAGUGGCGUCUUCAUCAUCUCCAUCGUCAUUCCCGUGAUGCUGAGCGUGUAUCUCUGCUUCUCCGUCUUCUUCGCUAAACCUGACGACAUCGAGACUCGAUCCGCCACCUUUGUCACGCUCUUCCUCGCCCUCGCAGCCGUUCAGUUCGUCAUUGAUAGCCAGCUGCCGCGCUCAUCAGUGAUGACGCAGUUUGGCUACCUGGUCAUCAUCUCAUACGUCUUCAUCGGUCUCACUGCCUUGGAAACACUCAUAGUCUACCUCAUUGCCGAACGGCUGGAGAAGGACGUGGUGGAGACGGUGGGGGACAUGGCAGCAGAGGCCACACGUGCCAUGCAGGGUUCCACUGCUGAGCCAGGGCCCCAAAGCCCUCAGAAGAGUGCGUUUGGGUCCGGCAAGGGUGACGGCGCAGGGGAGGAGAGUGAGGAGCUUGUUUCAGAGAAGGACGACGACGAGGAGGUGGAAGACGGGAAUGGUGCAGCCAGCAGUGAAGGAGAAAAGCCGUCACUUCAGAAAGUGGAGGGCCAUACCUGGAAAUUCAGCCUCUUUGGAUACCACCUCAAGCCCGUUGACGACGAGCAUGCCAAGUCAGGCAACUAUCUUCUCGCAACUAGAAUUGACUUUGUGUGCUGUGUUCUCUUCUUCGCUGGCUACACUCUCACUGCCAUUCUUCUCUACACUCUAUAG